AAGAGAGAGAGAGAGCGAAUGAGCCAGGUACAAGCGAUGGAGAGAAUGUGGUGGAGCUUUUGUUUAGUUUUGGUUUCUGGUCAGAGAAGUACACGCAAAGGAAGCAAACAUCGUUCUUAUUCAGGUCAUUCUUGCUCUUAAACAUUUCUCAGUUUUUGUUUUCUCAGAAAGCCACAUCUCUGCUAUAGUGUUUCCAUUUAGAUUAUCAUCACUUUCCUUAAGUAUUGACGUGAUGCUCUAUCCUCGGACUCAGGAGUCAAGUAGGGUCAUGUUCUGUAGUGAUAUAUAUUGCCUUCUCCUUACUGUUGCAGUAUUACAAAAUGAUUUCUAUAAAAGAUGAAUGCAAGUAUCUCCAUAUAGGAGACUUUUUAGGUAUAUUACUUCUGUCAAGCACAAAGAGAGGACUUUUCUGCAAUCCAAGCCUUAAAAGGACCUUUUUCAUCUUGAUGCACCUUUGAUACUUUUAUCAACACGGUGGAUUUCAUUUCGAGAUGUAUUUGUUAUACAGUUGUGCUCGAUAUGGUUUACAAAUAGAGGAUACAUAAGCUGACAAAGGAGCUGAGUGUAGAGAUACAAGUUAGCUUCUUUGAGGAGGCAAAUAAUGCACACUACAACUCAGUUUCCAUUGGAUACGUUGAUGAAGUGACCUCGGUAUUUAUAGGAAGUUGCAUAUUCCUGAUGGGUCAGGAUCAACGGUUUCCCGAGGAAGCUCGAGCUAUGGUACUGAAUACUGUUUUAUCUCACUGCCAUUGGCUGUGAACUUCAAGACGAGGGAUUGGAUUCGCGUGAUCAUUGGAGUAGAGGCACGAAAAGGCAUGCUGGAGAUAAUGUGCGAUUUUACAGGGACAUGCGCAAUAAAUUACAUGUAUAUCCAACAGCAGCCACAGCCGCAGACCACAUACAAUUUAUCAAACGCUUCAAUCUGUGCCUUCGUCUUAACAGUCUGUGUUAGUUUUAACAAGGCCUUUUACCGGAUUCUUAUCAAUGGAAACACUCUUUCGAUAAGCAAAUUCUGCUUUUGGAUGGUGAGAAGAUACAAAAACAGAGAUAAUUGGCAGUAUCAACCUGUUGAUCAAGCCAGACCAGAGGACUGGUCUGUUCAGUUUGAAGUAAGAGAGAGGCAGAUAGAGAGGUACAUCACCUUAAACAUUGUAUGCUCUUGGGUAACGAAUGGUCUCUCCUUGAAGCUGAAAGAUGAUCUCUUGAAGCUAAAGAACCCAUCACUAGAGUCAGUAAAAACAGAAAGUAAGUACGGAGCAUAUAAGAUAUACGAGGCUAAACCAAUCUUCUUUAAGGAAUCAUUUCACUUAUCCUGGGUUCAUGUAAUUCUCAACAGAUAUUUUAGCAAAAUCUCUUUAUCAUUGAUAUUAUAGGCUAAUCAUCAACCUUUAUGUCCUCCUGUAAGUUACAAAUAUAUUAGACACUUACAGAGUGAAUGUGGUCCUUAGCGAUAUUUUGGUUGCUUAUCA